GAGACGAGUUAUCAGCUACAGAGAGAUAAUCAUGUGGAGGUUUUACACUGGGACGAUUUUCACCAUCCUCAUCCUCAGUUCCUUCAUCCUGGUGACAGAGACAGCGAUAUGCUGCACUCAGUUCACGUCCAUACCACGUCACUGUGCCACCCUGCGCUAUUACAAAGAGCUGGACGACACUGGAAGCUGUGACAUUAAAGCCGUUCUGUUUCUGACUAAGAAUGGGAAGCUCAUCUGCGCCGAUCCAAAUAAGAAAUGGACCAGAAGGUCAAUUGAAUGUCUGAAGAGAAGAGCUAAUUUAAACAAAUCUAAAUCCAGAGAUUGAGGAUGAUCUACAAUAAUGUACGUCUGCAGCGAUGAGGAUGAGGGCAUCACUCGUGCUCAUAAAAUGUACAUUUUUAGUUUUCAUCUUUUUAUUAGGUUUAUAAGGUGAUACAACAGUAGUUUAAAAAAAAAGAGGAUCAAAAGACAGAUCUAGGGACAAGAAAGAAACCAUACAUAGAGAAAUUGUUACAUAUAUACGUGUAUAUACAUACCUAUAUCCGUAUAUUCACCAAACUUUCAACCCCCAUCCCCACCCCACUUUUAACACUAUGAUCCACCCACCCCUUCCCAUUUAUUUCCUUCCCCUUUACCCCCCUACCCUUUGUCUACCACUCCCCGCCCCAUCCCCCCAGCCCGGCCUUGGUCAGGCAUGGUCACAUUAAGUAGCGUAAUUAAAUAAAUAGGUAGAUAGUUAAAAAAAAAAAAAAAAAAAAAAAAAAAAAUAGGUAAUUAACUAGAUAAUUAAAAAAAAAAAAAAAAAAAAAAAAGUUAAUAAGUAAAUAAGCCCUCUCUAUUCUCUAUCCAGACUCCCUAUUCCUUACACGUCAGGGACUAAUUUGUCGACUUUUUCCUCAAUAAAAUCAAGAAUGGGACCCCACGUUCUAUAAAAAAGGUCCAAGGACCCUUUCAGGGAAAAUCUUAGCUUCUCAAGCUUUACACAAUUUAGAAGUUCCUGAACCCAUCUAUCAAACGUUGGGGGCGAGGCAUGUUUCCAUUUCAGUAGUAUUAUGCGUCUUGCCAACAAUGUAGAAAAAGCAAUGACUCUCUGUGCAGUGAUAGACGUGGAUACUUCAUAGGGAAUACCAAACAAACCGAUUAUAGGGUUGGGGUCCAGGUCGCUCCCCAGAGCCUGUUUAAAAAAUUCAAAAAUCCUGGACCAGAAAUUCCAUAGUUUAGGACAUGUCCAGAACAUAUGUACAUGAUCAGCAGGUGAUUGUUUACACCUUUCACAAGCAUCACUUCUACCAGAAAAAAUACGUGCUAAUCUAGCAUUGGUAAGGUGAGCUCUAUGAACUAUUUUGCACUGUAAGAGUCCAUGUCUGGCACAGAUAGAAGCUGAAUGAACCCUGUUCAAUAUUUCGCACCAUUGAUUCUCAGGAAUAAUAAUUCCCAGAUCUUUUUCCCACAACUCCUUAAAAACGUCAUUAGGAGGGGAACGUAGUGCAUUAAUUAGACUGUAGAGACACGAUAUUAAAUGUUUCUGAGAGCAAUCAAGAGCAAAAAUUUGAUCAAUGUCAGAUUCGGAAGGCCGGUUGGGAAAGUGAGGGAAAAGCUUUUGCACGUAGUGUCUGAUCUGAAAAAAACGAAAAAGAUGUGUAUUGGGUAGGUUGUACUUAGCUGACAGAUUAGAAAAAUACAUGAAUAUAUUAUCCUCAUAUAGGUCACUAAUCCCGAUAAGGCCUUUUGUGGACCAAACACGAAAAACUGGGUCAAAACGCGAGGGGGGAAACAUAGGGUUAUCCAAAAUGGGUAUAUUAACAGAGGCAUCGUGUAACCCAAACUGCCUCCUGAACUGGGACCAGAUCUUAAUUGUGUGUGUCACUACCGGAUUGAGAAAUUUAUUAUUAGGUAAAGGAAGUUUCGCACUGAUCAAAGCAUGAAGUGAGCAUUGUGAGGUGUCAGUCUCAAUAUGUGUCCAGGGGGGGUCGCUGUCUGACAGUUCAUCAUGAACCCAAUAUAGAAGCUUAUGAAUAUUACAGGCCCAAUAAUAAUGUUGAAAAUUGGGCAGGGACAGGCCUCCAUCUGAUUUGGGAAGUUGGAGUAUAGAUUUUCUAAGGCGAGCCGUUUUAUUCCCCCAUAGAAACGAUCCAAUCAACCCAUCCAAAUUAAUAAAGAAGGAUUUUUUAAUGAAGAAAGGAAUAUGUUGAAAGAGAUAAAUGAACCUGGGUAAGGUAACCAUUUUAAUCAGAUUAACUCGGCCCAUCAGAGAUAGUGGGAGGGAGGACCAUCUAUUCAGGUCUGUCUUACAUUGAUCCAUUAAUGGCCCAAAAUUUUUGUUAAAGAGUUCCAUGAAAGAACUGGUAAAAACAAUCCCCAAAUAUUUAAAUCUGUCCUGCACAACUUUAAAUGGAAAUGUUGACUGUGGAAUCAAUGCUGCAGCUGGGUUGACAAAGAAUAACUCACUUUUUUGAAGAUUUAGCUUAUAUCCUGAAAGUUUCCCGAAUUGUUCUAGGGUAUCCAAUAUCGGUGGUAAUGAAGAGAUUGGGUUGGAGAUGUAUAAAAGUAAAUCGUCUGCAUACAAAGAAAGUUUAUGAAUCUGUUUACCACGCUGUAUGCCCUCAAACUGCUGGAGAUUGCGAAGUAGUAUAGCUAGAAGCUCAAUGGCAAUAUUGAAAAGUAGUGGUGAAAGAGGGCAACCCUGACAUAAAAUGUACAUUUUUAUUUAUUUUUGGCCCCUUGUGGGAGCUAGCAGUCAUUUCUUGUUGACAGAUUAUACUUGUAUACUUUGCUAUUGUUGCAAAUGCAACAUAAUUUUUUUUAUUAAAAAAAUGAUCUUCACACGCUGUUCACCAGACCUGAGAUCUCGAAUACAUCGUAUCGAAUCCCGGCUCCGCCUGCCGGCUGAGGCUGAGCGACCGCAUGAACAACGAUCGGCCUGUCGUUCAGAUAGGGGCGGGAUUAAGCCGGAUGGGGACUCUCUCUCAGACUGGUGCGAUUACGACCUCUGCUGGCUGGUUGGUGGUGCCUGCAGGGCACGGAGAUGGGAAAGGAGUGCGGUAGAGGGUGUGGCUCUCCGUACACAGCGCUGUACUGCACUCGUCAAGUGUAGGUGAUAAGAUGUUCGACCGCCGUGCACGUGUCGGAGGGGCGUGGAGCAGCCUCGUCCUCCCCAAUCAGGAGCAGGGGCCAGCAUUAAGGAGAGGAUGAUUGACAGGCAGAAAUUGAAUGCGCUAAAGUGGGACAAAAAUGGGGGGAAAAUAUGAUGCUUGUUUUUUAAACUCUAAACUUUUAAUUUCCAGAAAAAAUGGGACAUUUUGUAAAAUGCAGUAAAACAAAAAACGAAAGUCUGUGAUUCACUAUCUGUAAGUUUCCUUGAACCUUUUGAACUGUUGAAAGUACAAACAAAUGAUUUAAUGUUUUGGUCUGACUAACUUGAAUGUAUGUUGUCAAAAUUCUGAAUUAUUGAAUUUGCAUGUAGAACACUUGGGACAGGGACAAGGAACAAGGAAAAAAAAAGCAAAAGUUCCACGUGUUCCACUAGUUCACAAAUGAUUUAAAAAUUUAAUCAAUAGGAAAAAUGAUGUAAACACAAAGGUUAAACAUGCCUCGGUCCCAAUUUUUAGUAUUUUUUAUUUUAUUUUUGCAUUUUCUCCCCUUUUCCCCCCUUUUUAGCACGUCCAAUUGCCCGAUUGCAUCACACUUCCUCUCCACCAAUGCCGAAGCUAACCCACGCCCCCUCCGACACGUGGGCAGCAUGCCGUAUGCAUCUUAUCACCUUUGCUUUGACGAGUGCAGUGCAUCUCAGCGUUGUGUACGGAGAGACACACCCUGAGAGCACUCAUCAAUCAGCCAGCAGAGGUCGUAAUUGCACCAGUCAUGAGAGCGCUAUCCAUAUCUGAACAACAGGCCAAUCGUUGUUCAUGUGGCCGCUCGGCCUUAGCCGGCAGGCAGAGCCGAGACUCGAUACGAUGUAUUCGAGAUCCCAGCUCUGGUUCCAGAGUGUGGUUUUACCCCUGCGCCACCUGAGCGGCCAUUCGUUCCCAAUUUUUUAGUCAAGCAGCAGAUUCUCAAUUUACCGGAUAUACAAUGAUGCUGGUCAUCCAAAACAUUGGACAUCUUUUCUUUGUGCUUCUGUCAGUAAAUAACAUGUCAGUAACAUCAAUAACAUUCUUUUGGUUUUUGCAUUAAACAAAAUGUUUAACAUUUCUAGAAAUGUUUUUUUUUUUAUAUUUAUCAUGUAUCUAUAUUGGGAAAAUAUUCCUUUACAUUAAUAUCUUGGCUGGGUAUCUUACAUAACAGAAUAAAAUAAAACCUAUACACAUAUAAUCCACAACAACGUUUGGCGAGUUUGAUGUGGAGGAACUUCAUUGGCCCACACAAAGUCCUAAUUCCAGUGUAUCAGAACAUUGUUUUGCAAGCCAACAUCACAAAUGUUGUUUUUCCAAGAACUAUGACAUGCUAUUUUUUACCGUUUGUACUGUAUAUAUUGUAAAUACUAUCUAUUAUUGUUUUGUAAUCUGCUUUUGCUGGUUUGAGAAGAUGUGUAAGCUCUAUGAAGCUACUAUCUACUGUAAGAUACUCUACAAAUAAAUGUCAUUUAAACUC